AUGUACCACUUAAUAUAAUAAUUAUAAUUAAUGAAAAAUUGACACUUCAGGUACAAAUAACUGUAUAUAAUAAUAUACAGAUUGCGAUAAGAUUGUAUAAUAUGAAACCGCACACGUAAGUUACUGCGAUCUGUCGUGUCAAACCGGGUGACGAUCUACGUGAAUACUAAUUCUAAACUCAUUAAAAAGAAAGUCGGUUUGGCGCUUAACGUGUUAAGGUAUAACCCAAUAUCAGCAUUUUCGCAAAUAUAUAUAUAUAUUUAUAUUUAACGAGAAAUCUCUCUGUGAAUAAUUAUUCUUUACCAAAUUAUGUAAAUACGUGACCGAUCAAAUUUUAUUCAUAAUGUUUGUCGUGUGACCGAAUCGGUGUGACCGAUAACCCACGAUAUUGAUAACAGUAAUUUUUGUUUAAUACUACUCGAACAUCAGUCGUCUUCGAUCUUUCAAGACGCUUACUUGAGAUCGAGUAAGCGUUACACGAUUGAAGUUACAGGCUUUUAAUAAUAAAAAUCUUAUAUGCAUCGCGAUCCAGCUAGUAUAAAUAAAAUAGAAUAAAAUAAAUCCGGACUGUAAUUAAAAUUAGAUAUAUUUUUUUUUAAUUUUUGGAGAGAGAUUAGCGAUGAACCUUGCACAAUUUCUGACGAAUGUCACCAACAGACGACGGUCGAGUAUCAUUCGUGAAUGGGCGAAGAAAUUCGUUAAAACUAAGAAUGCAAUCAGUUUGGCUGCUGGGAUGCCAAAUACGGAAACGUUUCCUUUCGAAGAGAUUACUAUUACGUAUAAAAACGGGACUAAAUCUAGAUUGUUUGGCGACGAGCUGGCUUGGUCCCUUCAGUACGGACCUUCCCAAGGAUAUCUACCAUUAUUAAAUGAAAUACGGAAGUUUCAAGAAUACUGGCACAAACCGAUGUACAAUGAUUGGGAUUUAAUUAUUACAUCGGGAUCGAUGGAUGGUUGUUCCAAAGUGUUCGAAAUGGUCUUGGAGGUCGGUGAUCCCGUAAUGGUUCAAAUGCCAGCAUACGAUGGAAUUUUGAUCGCGCUAGCUCCGUUUGCACCAGAAUUCAUAGAAAUCUCACAAGAUCAGGAUGGUAUCGACCCCGAGAACAUAAUCGAAGUUUGCGAAGAAAGAAUACGGACUGGUAGACCCGUGCCAAAAAUCAUUUACGUGAAUCCAACUGGAGCGAAUCCGACGGGCACGGUUUUAACAGAAUCCCGGAGACGGAAAGUUUACGAGUUGGCUGAGAAAUACGAUUUCUUGAUAAUCGAAGAUGAUCCUUACUGUUUCAUACAGUUCGAGGAUGAAAGACUGACGACGAUGAUCGAGUUGGAUACGGUAGGUCGUGUGAUACGUUUGGAUUCCUUUAGCAAGAUUUUUAGCGCCGGGCUCCGAUUAGGCGUCGUCACGGCGCGCACGGAAUUUAUAAGAAAGCUGGAAUUGCACAUGCAGAUGACGAAUAUUCACGCUUCCUCCCUGUCGCAGAUGUUGUUAUAUAAAUUUCUAAAUGCGUGGGACUUGCCAAAGUUGAGGGAACAUUUCAAUUACGUAAAAGACUUUUAUCGCAAAAGACGCGACGUAAUGCUGUCCUUAAUUGAAAAACAUCUCACAGGAUUGGCGGAAUGGAACGUUCCGAAGGGCGGCAUGUUCGUUUGGAUCACUGUAAAUCAGGUAAAGGACGUGAUGGCAUUGACGACUGAGAAAUGUGUAUCUCAAGGUGUUUUCGUUCUUCCUGGUCAUGCAUUUAACUACAACCGCUCGAAACCAGAACAGCACAUUAGACUUUCAUUUAGUUAUGCAACACCGGAACAAAUCGAUAAGGCUUUGGCAAUUCUCGCUAAACUGAUACGCGAAGAAAUAGCUAAAUGUAAAGAUCAACAAAAUGCAGAGAACUGUUCCUGAUUUUCUUCUAAUUUUUAUUAUAACAUAUUACAGAUACAUUUUUAAAUCCUAAAUAAUAAUAAUAUCCUCUUAAAUAAUAUCAUCUCCUCUCUUGUCUGCGGCAUUCAUCGCAUUGCUUUUCUAAAAAAUACUAUAUAUCCAUUGAGCUCCAUCCUGACCGGACCUAGCCUGAACUAUGAGAUGAGACAGAAGCGAGUUUAAGGAAGAUCUGAAAGUCCUAAGAUGAGUGAGUGAUCAUCUCGAGAAAGAAUAAAAAGAAAGUCGUGUCGCUUCUUAGAAUUUUAUUUCUUUUCAUUGUUGAAAUUAAUGUUCGAGCUAUUGAAAUCAAUAUCAUCUCUUUCGAAUCAAAUUUAUUGUAAAAGU